CCACCGAGGCUGUUUGGAUCUUUCUGGGGGACGAUAGGCACACCAACGCUAUAAAAGAAGCUUCCCCCCUUCUCAUUUGGGGCCUGAGCAACCCGCAACCACCGCACCGCACGUUAGGUACCGAUCGAGAGGCAGGCAGGCAAGAACCGAGCAAUUCAGGGCAGCUAGCUGCCUGCCAAAGUGCCAAGUCUUGGUCUUCGUCUUCGUUCUGUGUAAAGACUCGGCGAUGGAGGGAUCGACGACGACGGAAGGCCAUGUGGUUGGGAUCCCGGUGAGCACCAGGGCGUAUGGCAUCGAGGAGCCCGACUUCCCGGCGGAGGAGACGCCCGACCGUGGAGAAUUCCCGAGCUCCUUCCAGUACAGCAGCCAUAGCCAUGAUGCUACCAGCUCAACGACGACAACGACCACCGAUCGGCCAACGAGCAAUCAACAACAACAAGCAGCCAGCAGGAAGGGAGACAGGAUCGCUCAGGGCAUCAAAGAACACGUGACCCUGGGGCCAAAGCUUUCGGAGACGGUGAAGGGGAAGCUGUCGCUGGCCACCAAGAUCCUGCAGGCCGGCGGCGUGGAGAAGAUGUUCCGGCAGUGGUUCUCGGUGGACAAGAACGAGAAGCUGCUGCGGGCGUCGCAGUGCUACCUGUCGACGACGGCGGGUCCCAUCGCCGGGAUGCUGUUCGUGUCCACGGCGCGGGUGGCGUUCCGCAGCGACCGGUCGCUGGCGGUGCCCACCCCGUGCGGCGACAGCGCCGGGCUGCGCGUGCCCUACAAGGUGACCAUCCCGCUGCGGAAGGUGAAGGCCGUGCGGCCCAGCGAGAACAAGCACCGGCCAGAGCAGAAGUACGUGCACCUCGCCACCAACGACGGCUUCGAGUUCUGGUUCAUGGGCUUCGUCACCUACAACAAGUCGCUGCACCACCUGGAGCGCGCCGUCGCCUACGCGCAGCAGGCGGCGCAAUGACGGCAGGCCCCUCGCCGGCCGGCGAUGGGGGUAGUAGUUUCUUCAUGUCAUCAUGUGAGCGCCGUGCGCGACUGCUGCGUGUGCUUGCUGGUUUGUGUACGUGUAGGGUGGGCUAGUUGGUUUCUGUUCUGGCUGUGUAUGUGUAGGCUGCAACAUGUCGUUGUACAUCUUGGGGGAUGGGUUUGCCGACUGACUAAUCGGCUGAUGAAGCAGGUUGGUUUUAGAGGCGAUCGAUCGGGGCAUGUGGUCUUUUUGGUGGGAUGGGGAAGAGGAAAAUUCAUGGAUUUGGAACAGAAAAUGGCUGUGUGGAAAUGGCAAAACCGCCAUCAAUAUCCAUUCUUUUCUGAAGAAAAAAAAAGAUGUGCCGAAAGGGUAUUCAGUAUUCACACCACAGGGCCUAUCCAAAUUAUUCUUCUUUCUUUUUGACAUAACAGGGUGUAGCUCCCACAUAGUGUUAACGCAACGAUUUUGCAAGUGUAAAUUGAUGUGCAGGAUGAUACAAGAUCGAAGUGUAGCUACGUUUUCUUA